UAAAAAUGGUGCCUUGUCAAUGACAGUAUGUCACCGGGAAUAAACUGCAUAUUAGAUCCUCAGUGUUUUAAGGUGUCAUAAUUUUCGCCACGACAGAAUGAAACUACUGGUCAAAGCAGCCAUACAAGCCCAGAGGACAUAUUUUCAGCGAAUUUUAUUGUAUCGGUUUACGUCAGACAAUUCACCGCUCAGAAAAGGCCUGCAGUCCACAGAGGAGUGUGGAUGGUUGUGCGCCUCGUCGCGGGAGAUUUUGUCCGCCGUGCGCGGACUGGUUGAAGUUCGGCAGAACUUCAUAAGCGAGGAAGAGGAGAAAGCCCUUCUUAAAGAACUAGAACCAGGACUUAGGAAAAAACGAUACGAGUUUGACCACUGGGACAAUGCCAUCCAUGGCUUCAGAGAAACAGAGCGUCUUCAGUGGGGAGAUGUUUGUGAAAGUGUCUUCAGGAGGGUCAGAGAAGUGGCAUUUCCUAAGGGCAGUUCACUUCUUGGACCCGUUCACGUUCUGGACCUGGACAAAGCAGGCUACAUCAAACCCCAUGUCGACAGUGUGAAGUUUUGUGGAAGCACCAUUACAGGACUGAGCCUGUUGUCUGAUAGUAUUAUGCGUCUCGUUCCAGAGAAUAACUCUGCUGAGUGGCUGAACUUGCUUUUAAGUCGUCGCUCACUUUAUAUUUUGAGGGAUGAUGCUAGGUUUAAAUACACACAUGAAAUCCUAAAAGAUGAGGAAUCCUUUUUCUCAGGACAGAAGGUUCCCCGUCAUCGCCGCAUUUCUGUGAUCUGUCGAAACCUGCCAGUUUAAAAGUGUUGGGACUUCAUUGCUUCUUUUUUGGAGAUUUAGUGACUUCUGUUGGAAGCAAUUUUCCAUAAAAAGUGAUAACAAUUGUUAUCUUUGCUUGAUUAAAUCAGGCUCACUUCAAUGUGUGGUCACAACACACUACUGGAAUAUAAUAAAUGAGAUUUAAAUUAUUUACACAUGCAAAAUAAUGAAGACUUUGUCAGUAAGACAGUUUUUCUUUAUCUAAUAAAAAUUUUUUUCUAAUCUUCUACUGUGGCCCCUUGUCCAAGAAAAUAAACGUUUGUACCGAAUACAAAUGAACAACAACACUUUACUGUUUUAACAACAAACUGAAUUUAAU